AAUACAGUAAGGCGGUCCGUAUCGCGCGUGUUUUCAUGUUGAUACAAACACUUGUUUGGUUUUGGGAAAUGUCUAGUCUGUCUGUUUGUUUGUUUUUUCUAAACGUGAACAUCCCUGUUGAAAGACCUGUUUGUGGGGAAUAAACUCCUGGAGAGUGUAAAUGUGUGAUUUGUGGAUGUAGUCGGGGAUGUGAGUGGCAGAUUGAUCCGGAUUCACACCGGCUGUGUUUACACCUUUCACAAGGACAAGCAGUUUGAGGAGUCUUGUGCUUCAGGAUGCUGGGAAAUCAGUAUGUGUUUCAGGUGUCAGGCCUGAAGGAUGUCCAGCAGAAAGCAGAGCUGCUCCGGGCCCUCAGGAAGCUCCAGGGUCACUACAUCGGAGGAUCUGUUUAUAAAGAAGCAAUGACGCACCUGAUCGUCACUAAGCCACUAGCGAGCGAGAAGUUCCUUGCAGCAUGCGCUGGAGGCAAAUGGAUUGUGACUCCUCAGUUUGUUCUGGACAGUGUGAAACACAAGGCAUGGCUACCUGAAGCUUCGUACGAGUUAAACCUCACAGCUAACAUUAAGGCUCCUGUGAUUGCAAACCCUCUUCAGAAAUGGAGGGAGAAAGUUGCCCGAGGCAUUACGUCUGGAGCUUUUCAGGGUUGGGUUGUUUAUCUUGAGAUUGAAGAUCAUGAUAGGAGGGCCAUGUUUGAAAGAAUAUUGAAAGCAGGGAAGGCCAUGCUGUACACUGAGAAAUCAGCCCCACAAACUAUUACACACGUGUUAACCAAAGAUGGAUCCAAAACCUCUCGGAAACUUAGUGCACCUUAUUUCAACAUCAGUUACAUUGCUGAACAUCUCUUUGGGGUGGUGUGCUCGGGUUUGAACUGGUCCAUUAAUUUGAGCAAACGGAGCCAGCAGGCGAGUUGUGUUCAACCAGAGGUCAUGGAGUGCAGUUCUGUAACCGUGGAGGACGAGCCAAUGGAUGUUACGGAUAAUUCCUUUCUUUUGAAGCUGGAGGAAACACUUAAAGACUACAUUAGCAGAAUGAAGUUCCAGGUGCAGAAAAGAAAGCUGCUGAAAGUCCCUGGGUUUUAUACCUACUACACUCCCGUCUUUCCAACACAGGUCACAGUGAUGGAUUUCAGUAAUGUCCAGAGCCUGGUGGAGUGCGGACUCUUCGCCCAGGCCCUGGAAGAGGUGCAGGGUCAUUUGCACCCCGGUGUGCUCCCUCCAGUCUCCGUGCUCCACGUGUGCAUGCAGCACGCACUCCAGGGUGAAGCAGAGCCGUACUUUCUCAGCACGUUCAGCAUUGUUCUGAACGACAUCCUGUGUAAUAACCCUACAUGGAGCUUUCCUGCGAGUGUUAAGUACUUCUUGAAGAUCCUGCAGUGCCCACAGUGUGAGACGGGAGCGUGGCAGUUUUUGCAGAUGUCCGUGAGGUUCUGCUUGGGGAGCACGGCGACCUGUCACUCGCUGCCUGGCCCCGCCUCCACAGAGCUGCUUCGUUUCCAUGGCAACCUGCAAGCAUUCUUUCUCAGGCUGUUUCAGCUGGAGCUGCACGCCACAGCCUCAGCUAGGCGGGCAGUGGGCUCGCGGGGCUCCGUGCUCUACAGCAUGUUCUGGAAAGUGUGGGAGAAGACGACACUGAACUCCAAAGCCCUGCAGCAGCUGGCUGCAUUACUGGUGGAAACCACACCCUGGGCUCUUCAUUCCUCUGAGGGGUGGAGGCUGCGAGUUUUGGGCACCCUACAGGAGAUUCUGGCAGUAGUGGUGGAGUACUGGGCUCAGGAGCACACUCGGCUCAACAGCCAGAUGGUGGAGAAAGGCUUUCAGGACUUUGCAGAGUACAUGGCGAUGCUGUGCCAAGACCUCCAUCCAGACGUUCUGAAGGCACUGGUUCCUGCCCUCCCGUCUCCCCGGCUCAGGCUGCUCACUGCUGAUGCAAUCUACAGAAACCUCUGCACUACGAACGGCCUGAUCAUCCACCCAGAGCCUCUCUCUCUACGUAAGAUAGUUUUCUCCUACCUAAAGGCCCUGGGGCAGUUGUGUGGGCGCACACCGAGCCAUUCAUCCAAGCACCGGACUGAGAGGACCGUCUCGCCCAGCUCAGGCAGUCAGGGUGCAAGAGAAAGAGAACAUGUGGGUGGCUCAGGUUUGGUGAAGGACAACGUGCCAAAAGGUUUCCAUCGAGUCAAUUCUGCAGGGGAGACCCUCCUGCAUCGAGCCUGCAAAAGGAACCAGGUGCAGACGGUUCUACAGAUCCUCAGCUUGCCUGAAGUGGAUGCCAAUGUUAAAGACUAUGCAGGCUGGACUCCCCUACAUGAAGCGUGUAACCAUGGCAGUGGAGAGUGUGUGAGGGCUCUACUGAAGCACUGCCCCGGCCUGCAGCUGGACAGCCAGGUGGAAGGAGUGAGUCCACUGCAUGACGCCCUGCUUAACCAGCACACGCACAUCGCCAAGAUGCUACUGCGCCAUGCUGGUUCUGCACUGUUGCAGUUGCGUGAUUGUUCUGGUCACACUCCGUUGGACCUGGUCUCCUGUGCAGCUCUGCGUGAGGAGCUCGUACGCUGUGCUGAAGAAGGAGACGCCGUUCUGAAGGUCCAGAGCGCUGAGGUGUGCGACGUGAACUUUGUGGAGACCUGCUCAUGUCUCCUCAGCUGCCUCCUUCUCACCUAUUUAGUGGAGCAGCACAUCCCCUCGUAUGAAACUGUAGAGCCGGUGCUGGAGCUCAGUCCCUCUACAGCACAGACGCUGCUUACCCUGAACCCGGAGACAGUGAGCUCACACUGGGGACACUCUCCAGCAGGAGACCUGGCCAAUGAUCUGAGGACUCUGAUGAGUAUGGAACAGUAUGUGCUGCAGUUGAGUCCUGCACUGAUGCACUGCCAUGGGACACACACCAGUCUGCUCAUCCAGCUGCUGAAGGACCUGCAGGCCGAGGGGACGGCUCUGCUCAACGGCGAGGCUCAACCGUGACGAGCAAAGAGCUAGUUCUUGUUAAUUUGUUGAUUGGACCAAGGGAUGUACUUUCCAUUCUGACCUUGAAUGUUUUUCAUCCAAUACGUUUUUCUUUCAUUAAAUAAACACUUUUUGCACUUUUU